GUAAUGCUGUUUCGUGAUAGUCUGUGAAUGGACACGAUGGACAAUAUACCACAAAUUUGAUUUCGUUUAGAUAACAGGAUGAAAAAGGGCGACAUUCGUCUCCUUGUCGGCUGUUCCGUGAUUACAGCAACGUGUAUAUUAUUGUGUUUUGUUGAUGUGCGAGGGUUCUCGAGUCUGGAAUCGCCAUGGUCUCUAGCGGAUGCUUUCUCGGAGGCCGAUUCCUGGGAAUCGAUAGUUGCCACCCGGAAGUUGAACUCCCUGACCAACUGUACUCCCCGGGCCAUCAGACAGUUCCCCACGGGCCUCUUCUCCCAGAAGCAGCGGGCAGGUGGUGCUGUCAUCAUCCAUAUACUGGUGGCCGUGUACAUGUUCGCGGCCUUCGCUUACAUCUGUGAUGACUACUUUGUUCCAUCCUUAGAAAUUAUGUGUGAUGUGUUUCACAUUCAGUCUGAUGUAGCGGGUGCCACAUUGAUGGCUGCGGGAAGUUCAGCUCCCGAGCUAGCCACGGCAGUCAUUGCUGUAUUUAUAGCACAGGAUGACAUUGGACUAGGAGCUGUGGUUGGCUCUGCUGUUUAUAAUGUGUUGUUUGUCAUCAGUGUGUGUGCCUUCUGUGCUGGCAUGGUUGUGCAUCUACACUGGUGGCCAUUAUUCCGAGAUUGUGCCUUCUAUGCCCUAAGCGUUGGAGCUCUGGCCUUUGUCAUUUUAGAUGAAAAUGUCUUCUGGUAUGAAGCUCUCAUACUGGUGUUAUUCUAUAUAGCCUACAUCAUCCUGAUGUACUUUAACUCAACCAUAGAGGAAUGGAUUGUGCCAAAGUUCAAACACUGUUGUAGACCAUUCUCAAGAAAAAAGAAUGAACCCGAGUCUGUAGUUCUGUACGAGAAGCUCAGGAACCCUGGAGUCGGAAAUGGGUCAGUGUCCAAGAUGGAGAAUGGUGGAGAUAAAUGGGAUGGAGCACAGAUUGCCUCCCCUGACUCGGAUUACAAUUCUGAGGAAGACAUCAGCGAGGUUGAUGUUAUGUACAAAGAGAUUGGACCCAAACCAACAGAGGAGCCACAGUCUGUGUUUGAGAUGCCCACAGGCUGUGUAAGGAAGAGUAUAUUUAUAGUCUCUAUUCCAAUCAAAGUACUCCUGUACCUGACAGUGCCAGACUGCCGGCAGGCACGCUGGAGGAGGUGUUUUAUUCUGACAUUCUCUAUUUCUCUGGUCUGGCUUUCUGUGUUCUCCUACAUUAUGGUGUGGAUGAUCACCAUUAUAGGUUACACAGUACAUAUACCUGACACAAUAAUGGCCUUGACCUUUGUAGCCUUUGGGGUCAGCCUCCCAGAUGUGAUAUCUAGUGUCAUUGUUGUCAGAGAAGGUCUCGGUGACAUGGCUGUAUCGAAUGCUGUGGGGAGCAAUGUCUUUGACAUUCUGAUUUGUCUAGGAAUACCAUGGCUUCUAAAAUGUGCUCAAGGAGGGUUUAAAAAGCCCAUACAAGUGUACAGUGAAGGUUUGCUGUACUCAACCCUGACCUUGCUGUUAACCAUUGUCUUUCUAUUAGUGGCGACACAUGCUAAUGGAUGGAAACUGACCAAGAGAUACGGAAUGGUCCUUAUGAUUGUGUAUAUACUCUUCACUGUCCUUACUUCUUUGUAUGAACUCAAUGUGUUUGGAUAUGUUCACCCUAAGGAAUGCCAGAGAAGCGAUUGAUCUGUAUGGAGGGUUUAAAUUAUUGUCUCUUUUUGCAUUUCCAAAAAAAAAACGACCAAAUAUUUCUGUGAUCUGAAUAUAUAUUUUUGUUUUAUUUAUAUUAAGUUUUUUCCUGUACAAGAAAAAUCUCAAAAAUUUUAAUUUUUACACUGUAACACAAAUUGUGAUCAUGGUGCUUACUGGAAUUCUGUUUUUUGGUGUUUUUUACACACACUACAGGGUCAAAUCUUUACAUGUCUCAUUGUCCAUUAAACACUGAAAUAAAAUAAAAUAAAUCUUCUUGGCAUUAACUUGAUGUCAUUUUCCCCUCACCCCACAAAAUAUUUAAAUAAGGAUUUUUUUUUUUUGCACGUUAUCUAGUCUAAUUUGUUAGAUAUAUUUCAUUCUAGAGUAACUCAGUAUUGUAGCAGCUACUUAUUGCUUCUUAGAACUGCAAUAUGCUAUCCUAGCUGCUACAUAGGGAAAGCUAAUUCACUGUAAGGUACUAAAUUCAAUAUUGCAACCUUUGUUACUGAUUUGUAUCCCAUGACAUACAUACAUGAACUGGUGGUGUUUUCUCCUUUUUAUGGAACAAAAUGUUUUAUUAUUACAUACAAUUUUGCUUCAUGCCCUUUGUCUAGCUUUGCUUUGAAAAAUAAAUAAUUAUUGAGGUAUUUGUAUUCUAAAUAUCACACCUAGAAGCUUGUGUUGUUGCCUGUACUAUAGAGAUUUAGAUAUACUAUGUGUAUCUAGUGCCUAGAGGCUAGCUAAACUGCUGUGUUCAUGAACUGCACACAGUCUCUAUAUUCUUCUGAUCCUUUUGUAUAAAAGUACACGGUCAUGUAGAAUAUCAAAAUGUAUUUUGCAUGAAUAAAAUUUUAUGUUGUCAUUUGGUUAAAUUUUUAAUGUAUAUUUCACACAUCAGAUGUUAAAGAUUUUGACUACUUUUGGUGUCUGAAAUUUUAGAAUGAAAUGCAUUACCUGUGAUUGAAUUUUUUUUUUCUGAAAAAAUAUAUUUUUACGUGAUGUUGGUCAGUGUAUGAUUUUCUUCUAUUUACAUUAUA